CUCCUCCCUCUCCCCCUCUUUCCACCCGUCCCCCAUAUGCCUCCUCUCCCUCCUCCCCGCUGCCAACACGUGCUAGUUGCUCCUGCCCUCCAGCCCCGCGAGGAGAUGUCGUGGUGGGAGCAGCCCUGGAGCGGCGGCGGCUGGCGUGCCGACAGGCAGUGGGCGUCGUCCUCGUGGGCGCGGCCGCAGCUGCCGAUUGCUGCCAGCCGGCCGCAAGGAGGAGGCCACACGAGGAGGCCUGCGGCCUCGACCUCGGCGGCCUCGGCCGGCAGCGCGGUGCUUGGCUGCAUCCCCUCGGGGGUGCGUGCUGCGGGCAUGGACGGCGGCCUGCUGUCGCUCCUGGAGUCCAAGGGCCUGACAUUCCUGACAGACACGCUCAGCAGGCUGGGCGUCGCCAGAGUCUCGGAUUUCAGGUACCUGAGCGAGCAGGACCGCUUAGGCAUGCAGGUGUGGCGUUACUGGGUCAUGUUGGUGUUGUUUGGGCACAUUGGUUGAUCUUGGGCGGUCCUGUCCAAUGCUGCACAGCCAUUAGCCGGGCUUGGAGGCCACUUGGCUCGUUUGUGAGGCUCGUUUGGUCGUCUGCAUGGGGGCUGUCAUAAGGCCGUGAUUGGGGGGGCAGACGGAUUCGGAGACCAGAUGCGCCCGCUUGCAACGUUGGGCAUGGAUGGAAGGUCUUCAGGGGGGUCAUGACCAGCUCCUGGUCAGAACGCGCUUCCCUUGCCUCGUGCCAUCCUCGCCUGCCCUCCUGACGUCGACCACGAGGCCUUAUUUGCCUCCUGACGUACUCCAAGGUUUCCUCCUUCCUUCUUCCGUUCCUUCUCUCCUCUCCCCAGUCUCUCUCUUUUUCUAGGCGCCCCUUUGUCAACAACCCUCUGCGUCGGCGUUUUUCUAGGCGCCCCGAGUCUCGGCCAUGCUAUCAGAACAAGGCCCUCACUUCAACUGUCCGCGGUAUCAGUUGAUUGUAGACGAGGUGGGUACGCAAGGGUUGCAGUAUCGAAGACGCCUACGGCGAAUCACCGCCGCACCCUGCCUUUUUGGAAGCGCC